CAGGAAGAUCCAAGUCAGGACACCUCAGGAGGGAAGACUCAAACCAAGUUGUCUGCUCUUUCUGGUGGAGCUGAAACAGGGGCUGAACCUCCAGCUCAAGUGGUCAUCGCUGUGAGAAUAAAGAUCCCAAUGAAAAAUCCAGACUGAUCAGGCAUGGAGACGGAAUGGACAAGGAACUAGAGAUGCCACUAGAAAGUCAUGAGAGAAACCAGUCAAAUAGUUGGAAUCAGGAAAUCUCAUCUUCCAUGGAUGAUGACACGCGAGGCUUUCUUGCCCAACAAGGAAAAAUAAAGGAAAGGUAUAUGGGAAAAAGUAUAAGACUAUUAAAAGACAAAUUAGUGGGAAAUGAACACUCUCCAACCCAAACCAAAGGAGAAGAUUAUAUCUGCAGAGACAACGGAAAAACACCCAAUUGGACCUUCACUGUUUCCUCUGAAAAUGGGUCCGUUACGUCUCAUAAAACGAUCCAGACAGGGGAGAAGCCAUAUGAGUGCAUGGAGUGUGGAAAGGGCUUUCGUACUAAGAUACAACUUACUUCCCAUAACAGGAUCCACACAGGAGAAAAACCAUAUAAGUGCAUGGAGUGUGGAAAGGGCUUUGCUCAGCGGUCUGGUCUAAAUUCCCAUAAAAGGAUCCACACAGGGGAGAAACCAUAUAAAUGCAUGGAAUGUGGAAAGAACUUUACUAGUAGCAGUUAUCUUACUUACCAUAAUAGGAUGCACACAGGGGAGAAGCCAUAUAAAUGCAUGGAGUGUGGAAAGAGCUUCCCUCAAAAUACAUCCCUUGUCAGACAUAAAAAUAUGCACACAGGAGAGAAACCAUAUAAAUGCCUGGAGUGUGGAAAAAGCUUUGCUACUAGCAGGGAUCUUACUUCCCAUAAAAGCGUCCACACAGGGGAGGAGCCAUAUAAAUGCACUGAGUGUGGAAAGAGCUUUAUUCGGAGGGAUCAUCUGAAUUCACAUAACAGGAUCCACACAGGAGAGAAACCAUAUAAAUGCAUGGAGUGUGGAAAGAACUUUACUAAUAGCAGUCAACUUACCUCCCAUAAAUGGAUCCACACAGGGGAGAAGCCAUAUAAAUGCCUGGAGUGUGGAAAGAACUUUACUAAUAGCAGUCAACUUACCUCCCAUAAAUGGAUCCACACAGGGGAGAAGCCAUAUAAAUGCCUGGAGUGUGGAAAGAACUUUACUAAUAGCAGUCAACUUACCUCCCAUAAAUGGAUCCACACAGGGGAGAAGCCAUAUAAAUGCCUGGAGUGUGGAAAGAGCUUUACUGCUAGCAGGGAUCUUACUUCCCAUAAAAGCGUCCACACAGGGGAGAAGCCAUAUAAAUGCACUGAGUGUGGAAAGAGCUUUACUCACAAGGCUCAUCUGAAUUCCCAUACCAGGAUCCACACAGGAGAGAAACCAUAUAAAUGCAUGGAGUGUGGAAAGAACUUUACUACUAGCAGUCAACUUAACUCCCAUAAAUGGAUCCACACAGCGGAGAAGCCAUAUAAAUGCUUGGAGUGUGGAAAGAGCUUUACUACUAGCAGUCAACUUACCUCCCAUAAAUGGAUCCACACAGGGGAGAAACCAUAUAAAUGCAUGGAGUGUGGAAAGAACUUUACUAAUAGCAGUCAACUUACCUCUCAUAAAAAGAUCCACACAGGGGAGAAACCAUAUAAAUGCAUGGAGUGUGGAAAGAGCUUUCGUACUAGGAGUGUACUUACUUCCCAUAACAGGAUCCACACAGGAGAGAAACCAUAUAAAUGCACCGAGUGUGGAAAGAGCUUUACUCAGAAGAGUCAACUUACCUCCCAUAAAUGGAUCCACACAGGGGAGAAACCAUAUACAUGCAUGGAAUGUGGAAAGACUUUUACUCAAAACAGUGUACUUAUUUCCCAUAACAGGAUCCACACAGGGGAGAAGCCAUAUAAAUGCUUGGAGUGUGGAAAGAGCUUUCGUACUAGGAGUGUACUUACUUCUCAUAACGGGAUUCACAAAGGGGAGAAACCAUAUAAGUGCACAGAGUGUGGAAAGAGCUUUACUCAGAAGGGUCAUCUGAAUUCCCAUAACAGGAUCCACACAGGGGAGAAGCCAUAUAAAUGCUUGGAGUGUGGAAAGAGCUUUCGUACUAGGAGUGUACUUACUUCUCAUAACGGGAUUCACAAAGGGGAGAAACCAUAUAAGUGCACAGAGUGUGGAAAGAGCUUUACUCAGAAGGGUCAUCUGAAUUCCCAUAACAGGAUCCACACAGGGGAGAAGCCAUAUAAAUGCUUGGAGUGUGGAAAGAGCUUUCGUACUAGGAGUGUACUUACUUCUCAUAACGGGAUUCACAAAGGGGAGAAACCAUAUAAGUGCACAGAGUGUGGAAAGAGCUUUACUCAGAAGGGUCAUCUGAAUUCCCAUAACAGGAUCCACACAGGGGAGAAGCCAUAUAAAUGCUUGGAGUGUGGAAAGAGCUUUCGUACUAGGAGUGUACUUACUUCUCAUAACGGGAUUCACAAAGGGGAG